CAAAGUACCUGGGGGUGCCGCUUGAGCACUACCGUGACGCCGUUGAUUACUGGAAUGCCGAAACUGAAAAGGUUCGUGAACGUACACUUAAGUGGGGAGGCCACAAUUUCUCUAUGUUCGCUCGUGCGACAGUGUGCAACCUGUUUGCCGUUGCCAAAAUUUUUUACGUGCUCCAAGCGUUGUGCAUGUCAAGGGCUAACAUACAACGUUUACACAGAGUACUCGCAGUGUUUGUAUGGGGUUCAAGCUGGGAGCGCACCAGUCGCACUAAUCUCUUUCGCUCGGUUAAAAAUGGAGGAUUAGGUCUGGCACAUUUGUUCAUUAGGCAGAUUGUGUCGAGGUUUGUUUUCUUACGGGACCAAAAUGACCCAUUUUUAUUAACUAUGUUUCAAACAAGGCUGAGCGAAGGUAUACCUGAGUUUAUUGUAUCGUCACAUCGGUGCAGUCAAGGCAGAGCACGUGGUUUCCUAAAAGAGGUAGUCUUGGCUUUUCAGCUGUUAAAGGUUAGGUUCUCCAUGGAAUACCUAAGUAGGGUACCACGAAAGCGCUUAUAUAAGGACCUGGUGGACACAAUGUUGCCGGUGCCAUUGUAUCGCUCGAUGUUCUGCAUUGGACCUGAAAAGGACGUACUAAAAAGAGUAAAACGAAUGCCAGUUCGCCCGUCGGUAAAGUCCUUCUUUUUCCAACUCCACACCAAUACUUUACCUGUCAAACCGUGGCUAGAUGAAAAAGGUCUUUCCGUGCCUUGGAGCGUCAACUGUUUACUAUGCCGGAAACCCGAAACAAUAGAACACAUUUUUCUUGACUGCUGGGAUGCUGUGUUCCAUUGGGACAUCUUACAGAGAACACUAAAGAAGGACUUGCCGAUUACACCAUAUGGGAUUCGUUUCUUGCGUACUCUAAAUGAAGACAAUGUACCCUAUGACAUGUUCAUGCUGGUGUCCUUACAUAGUUUAUGGAAAACUAGAAUGGCCGUGAGACAUGCCGAAGUAAAUGCCCGGCCUGUUAGAGAAUACUUCAUUGAAAGCAUUUGUCAUAUUAAGGAAAUGUAUAAUUUGCAAAAAGAAAAACCAACAUGGCUCAGUGUGAUGACUGAGCUAGCGAAUUUCAAGCGUUUUUAGCCCUGUGACUGCCAACCAAUGGCAAAGAUGUUGUCGUGACCGUUGUCUAUUGUUAAAAUGUCUUGUUUUGUAGCCUUGUUGCCAUGUCGGUAAUAAAGAAAAAAAAAACUCGUGG